AAGCACGAUGUCGUUCCUUCACCUCAAAACGGCAAUCCUGACUCUUCUGUGCUGUAUUCUCGUUGUUAUCUUUAUUGAGUUUCGACUCAUCAUAAAGCCAGCUGGAGCCCCCUGGCCUACUCGAAAACGAGGCGUCCUUGGUUACACUGGACAAGAUGAAAUGGCGCCAAAGUCUUCCCUCAGUGCACAUGCCAGCGCCGAACUGGUGUCUCGAGCACGGUUAAAGAAACUGAGCACGAUGUGUUGGAAAUACAGAUCCAUUAUGCAGCAAAAAAAUUGGAACAUGAUACUAGACGGCAAAUUACAUGUCGGUUUUUGUCCUAUUCAGAAGGUGGGAUCUACUUUCUGGCGGCGGGUGCUAGAAUAUUGUGGUGGCCGGCGGAGGUACACCUCAGUGUUUGAGGUAAAGUGGCAAGACAUGAAGACACCCCAUGUACAGAAAUACAGAGAUAGAGGUCCAUCCCUUCUCGAAAGUUCUAUUAAAUUUAUGUUCGUAAGAAAUCCAUAUCAGCGACUGUUUUCCGGUUGGGUGGACAAGCUUCUAUCACCUAAUCCCAUUUUCUGGGAAAAGGUUGGAGUGAGGGUAAACGAGUUUUUGAAUCAAAAGUCUACAUUUGAUUGCGGUCACGAUGUAACCUUUGCAGAAUUUGUUAAGUAUUUCAUUCACACCCAACAGACAAAAUCAGGAAGGGACCCGCACUUCAUACCUAUGUAUGAACACUGCAGUCCGUGUCAUCACAAGUUUGAUUUCAUUGGCACGAUGGAAACAUUCAACAAAGACGCCGCAUAUUUGAUGGAAAUAAUCUCGAAUCGUUCCCAUGUCAAUAUUUCCAUUGAAGACAUGAAAGGUGCUGGUUACGACAGCUUGAACGAUCAUACAAUGCGCCUUUAUCGUUUUAAACCGGACACAUUAAAAUGUGUCAGUUUUCACAAUGCUAUGCAAAGAUCAUGGCGGAACCUUCAGAUACGCGGUUAUCUUGGAAAAAAUGUGAGUUUACCGUUCACGCGAGUGGAAGCAGGCUCAGUAAAAAGGAACACAUUUUUGUCCGCCCUCGUAACUGCGUACGAAUCUUCCGGUUCCAAGUCGUACCGCAGAGCAAACAGACGCGAGGCAAUGAUGGAAGCAUACGGAACCGUGUGUACGGACGACCUGGAAAGACUUCGCCAGAUAUUUAAACUUGACUGGAUUUUGUUCGGGUACAAUGACAGACCUAUUGAAAUAUUUGAGUUGUCGCGUCAUUACAACAAAUCAUUCAGUUUCUUUGACGUUGAGGAAUAAGAAGUAUGCCAAUGCUUUCAAAUGCUUUCUCAGAAUUAUAAAAUGAAGAUAACUCUCAAAUAUCUUCCAGAUUAUUUUCAUUCAUGAAUUAGCGUUUUGGCGAUUAUGCAUUUUAGUUUGAGUCAGAAUUUUAACAACAAUGCCUUGACGUCAAAGUUAAACAAAGCAUUACUGCAUAGGAUUUAGAAAAUCAACAAUAAAAUGGAUCCUCUCAUAGGUAAGCAUUAACACACUCGGAGCUUAUUUGCAGGAGUUAUCUCGCUUGUUACCUGUGUGUUAUGAAAGCCCAUGGGCGGUAAUGAUUUAUAUACCCUUCGAAACGUUCACCGUCAAAUACACUUUUGUUUGUUUGGGGUUAAAUAUCUUUGCAAAAACCAGGGUAAUAUGGAGACGGGUAAAAUGCACUAGCCUAUUAGACAGAUCCUGUACAAAUAAUGGGCUGGCGGUGUGAAAGAAAAACGAGAAAUUUCAACAGUGCUAGUACGUACGGUGUCCUUCAGAUAAGGAACUAUAAGGACAUAUCAAGGGUGUAACGCGAGAUUUUUACACUCCAGAAAAUCGUUCCUGGAACGGCACCAGAGAAGAUUGAUCUCAAGGCAUUUAUUUGUCAUAAUAAAAAUUAUACUCUGUACAAAAUGAUCACAAAGUAUGUCCCAUGCCUUAAAUCUAAUCGUUUAGAGAAAAUGCAAUAGUGAUAACAACAUAACGAAUAAAUCAAUUCAUGAAAAAACCCUGAGAUCUCGUGAGAGUUAGGUCGAAUUCACAACCUAGUGAGUUACGUUAGUGCUGGUUCUAGUCCGAGUGAAUAAGAUAGCAUUAGUGAAGAGGAAAUACAUUUAGAUUUUGAAAUAGAAGUAAAAAUAAUGUUAAACUCAGGAAUAUCCAUAAUAUGAAUAGUGAGGUUUUCGUCAAACGAAUGUUACGUACCAGUUCUAUUGUUUUGAUAGGAAACCGUUUGAACGAUGUUCAUUAUUCCAUCAGCACUUGUAUCCUACUAAAACAAUGAAUUCUGAGUAUUAACAAUCGAUCAACACUAAUUGCGCUUUAGAAUGAAGAAUUAUUCGCGACAUCACACCAGAAAAACCAGCGUUUUAGCGAAGUGUUUCGUAGCAGACACGAGGGGUAACCAUUUCUAUGACAAAUGUCCUCAAGAUAUUUACAUUUCAUAUUUCAUUCUAAGUGGCCGUUAUGAUUAACACGUUAACCCAGAGUACAGUUGAUAUUUUAUACAAAAGUGUAUUAUCACAUUAAAUAUUUAAUAGAUGAUAUAUUACGUAAAUCAUGUACUCAUGAAAUUGUUGACCUUUAGGUGCGCAGUUAAAAUUGUAUUUUCUCGUAUUUGGACACAUUAAUGCCAUUAAUAUAUAUCUAUAAUCUGGAUGUUUGUGCUAUACAUGAAUCUACCAACUGAAAACAACUGCCAUUA